AUGUCUACAGAUCAAAAAAGUAUAUAUCAAAAAUCCUGGCUGUGGAAGCAGGCAGAGUGGAGGUUUAAUUGGGAUAAACGUUUCUUUAUUCAAGAUGGUCUACGUUUGGCUUAUCGAGUAGAGGAGAAUGGGCCGGAAAAGAAGGCCGGUUAUAUCACUUCCCUCCUGCGUGAAGUAGACCCACAACAGCCACUGAUCUUUCGUGUAUGGUUGAAAGAAGGAGACUGUUGGACACUGCGGGCAGCCACAGCGGAUGAACAUAAACAAUGGAUAGAUUCUAUUACACAUGCGUUAACGCAAGACGAAGUAGUAAGAUCUGAUGGUGUGCGAGAGGGCAUCGUACUUAAAAAGGCAGCGUGGACUGGACAAUGGCGACAACGUUAUUUUGAAUUAGAUGAAUGUCGUUUGACAUAUCGGGUAAGCAAAGAGAAUGCUGUACGAAACCGAUUUAUAGUAGUAUCUGUUGAUGGAUCUGAUGAGAAAGGAAGAGAGACGGAGUUGCUUAUUACUACAAGUUGUGGAGAACGAUUUUGGGUUAAAUUUACAACUAGAGAACAAUGUGAAGAUUGGAAAAAUGUUAUUUUUUCUUCUAUACGUCGUACAAUGGCAUGGCAUUGGUUUAUGCUUCCACCAUCAACGUAUGAAACUUUACAUCUUCUUUACCGUGCAUCUGCAAGGGGUAAGGAUACGGUUGUUUACUUUUAUGGUGGGAGUAAUACUGUGGCCUCACGAAAGUACUCACGUGCGGCGAAGAUGUUUUUACCAGUAGUGAGCCGUGAAUGUAUUGAACGUCAACUCUCAAUGAUUCAUCUCGCCGGGGAACAUAAAUGUACUGUAUUUGAGGUUUUACCAUUUGAGGAGAAUGAACACGCCAAGGUGCGUCCACCACCACUUAUCGGUGCUGCCACAUGUGUAUAUACAUCAUCAUUACAAGAAACAGGAGGAAAACAAAAAGAAGAAAAAGAAGAAAUAAUUGUAGGAAUGGAGAAUAAAUCAACAUCCAUUUCUUCAUUAGAGUGUUUAUUUCUUAUAGGAGGUCGUUCGGCGUCAUCUGCUGAUUGUGAUAAUACUACCGAGUUGUGGUGGUGUUUCCCACGAUCUCCAGUACCACAGUGGCAUCGUUCCUGUUAUGAUACUUCUUUGGUCCCACAUCGUACAUUUCACACUCUUACUGCACGACAGACAAGAAAAGAAAUUCUUCUUGUUGGUGGAAUUGAUGACUCUGAUCAUGCCUGUGCGGAUUGUUUUUCAAUAUCAUGGGAUAGUAAUGAAACGGAUUCUUCCAUUUAUGGUUCUCCUGUGAUAGAGUUUUUUGGAUAUCUUCCAGAACCCCGUGCCUUUCAUGUUUGUUUAGAGUUACAGGAUUUAUCUCUUCUCUUGUUAGGAGGUCAAACUAUUUGCAAUACUACAACUCGUAUAAGUACUCCUGCUACGGCUGCAGAUUCUGUUCUUCGUCUUCCUGCAGGUGAGAAGGAAUGGCAUAAGGUUUCUGUACACCCACCAUUGCCGCAUAUGGAUAAUGUAUGUGCAACAGAAGCCUUGUGUGGAAGUGAAAAUUGUGUAUUUCUACUUGGAGAGACGUGUACCCCAAAUCCUAUUCUCAAAUUAUUUCAAUUAAAACUUCAAUCUAUGGAUGCUAUAGUGAGAGAAAUAGAUAUUACUAUCGGUGCAAUUCCACGGAGUAGCUAUGGAGCCACUAUGCACUAUGCAUCCGGUUAUUUGUAUGUUUUUGGAAGUUGUUGCGAUAGAAAUAAAAGCGGAAAUGGUGAUGUUCCGUUGUUUCAGGACCCUGUCCGUAUGCUUAUUGGUGGUGAUGGCGAAAACAAUUGCAAUGUCUUGAGUUCCACGCCUUCUUCGUGA